UGGGAGGGACAAUGACAAGGUAACUCAAGAAUUAGCCAUUGUCACUGCGUUCAGACCUAUAUAAAUCACACCUGGACAGACAGGCAUUCACCACUCAGCCUUACUUCUGUUGACUCACCUGCCGAAGAAAACUUCACUGAGGACCAUGUCACUCUCAUCUAUCCUUUCCGCUGAUGCCAUCGAGAGUGCUCUCAAGGACUGUCAAGCACCAGAAUCCUUCAGUCCCAAAAAGUUCUUUCAGCUGUGUGGUCUGUCAAAGAAAAGCCCUCAAGAUGUGAAGAAUGUCUUUAAUAUCCUGGACAACGAUGCCAGUGGAUUCAUUGAGGAGGAUGAACUAAAGUUUUUCUUGCAGCGAUUCUCACCUGGUGCUCGUGUACUGACCGAUAAAGAGACGAAGGCUUUCCUGGCGGCAGCUGAUGAUGACAGUGAUGGCAAGAUUGGAGCAGAUGAAUUCCAAGUGCUGGUUCUUUCCUGAACGACAUUCAUAUUUUCUCCCCUCUUUUACUCAAAUUUCAUUUAAAUUCAUCCGUCUCACCACUUGAUACACAGUAAAUUUUCCUCUAUGGGACCCCCUGGUCAAUAGAGUCCACACACUGUACACACUCCACAGUUUUUAAGUGAUUUUUGAGGGGUGCACAAUGGGGUUAUCCAAAUAUAGAACUAACUGCUAAUUAUUGAAGUGAAUAAAUAAAUGGCUCAAAAUA